CAGCCGGCGCGUCCUGCCUACCAGGAGCUGACUGACCGCGACUGCCAAGCCCUUCGCCCCAGCUGGCCGAGGAAACUGCUGCGGCGGCAGGUGGCGGCGGCAGGAGGGCUCGGCUGCCCGGAGGGCCCGCCAGGCUCCUGCCCUGAGAAGAUGGCCUACUAUGGAAAAUGCAUUGAAACUGUGAUCGAGAAACUCGACACAUUUACACCCAAGAGGGACAACCCUGAGCAGUUCCUAGAGGCUGUGGCCACCUCCCUGCAGGUUCUGAGUCCCCAGACACAGAGCUUUGUUUUGGAGGUGCUGUCUGGGUGCCUCGAGUACCGGAAGCUGCUGACCAUCGUGGUGGAUGCCUUCUACGUGGAGGAUGGCCGACUCUGCCUGCGGGUUGACCACAGCCGCUUCAUGGUGAUCUGCUACCUAGCCACAUUCCUGCUGGAGGAACUCGGCUUCCAGCUGUUCUGUAACAUCAUCAAGUCCCAACCUGUGGAUAAGAUGUGCAAGUUCCUCAGGUUCUUCUUCAACCCUGUGCACCUGUGCUCGUGGAUCAAGGACGAGUGGAGCCUCAUCUACGAGCCAGCCCACGUGAAGGAGAACUGGAUCGAUCCCCUGAUGAGAUGGCAGCCAAAGGUCCAGGAGCUGAUCAGCCACCUGGAGGGCAUGUCUGCCAGUCAGUCCUCUCCUUUAAAGACCGAGGUCAAGGUCACAGAGCCCAAGGAAUUCAACCUGACUGCCCCCAGGCCUCGCACCAUUCCAGCACCUGAGCCAGUCCCGGUCGUGGCCAAGCCGAGACCAGUCCCCCAGAGCACCUACCAGCCACCCAAGGAGCAGCAGCAGCUGGAGACGGUCAAGAGGCACAACCGCCGAAAGGCCGAGGAGCUGCUGCUGAGGGCAAACAUUGAGGAACUGCGCUGCGCCAUGCCCAGGUCCUGCGGGGAGCCAGUGCAGGGCUCCAAGCAGCAGCUGCGGCUUCAAUUCCCACCCCGAAUCCGAAAGACUCCGAAGCUGACUUUCUAUAGGCCCGACAACGUCCCGGUCAAGCUGAACACCACAGCCAUCCUGCGAGAAGGGGCCUUGUACCAGCGGCAGGUGGAGCAAGAGCUGCAGAGAGUUGAUAAGCUCGUGGAUGGGGCUGGGGACUUCUCUGAGUUCCUCGAGUGGCAGAAGAAGAUGCAGGCGAAGGACCGGGAAGAGCAGCUGGCUGCAAGCGAGUGCCGGCGGUUGCAAGGGAAGCUUAGCCAUGAGGAGGCCAUCCUGGCCCGGCAGAGCCUCAUGCAGGAGAACAAGCAGAGAGUGGAGCAGCAGAAGGAGCAGAUGGCCAAGCUGAUGCUACAGCAUGCGGAGAGACGGCUCCGGGAGGACAGGUCCAGGAAGGAGCUGGUGGAGCAGGUGAUAGAGGGGCAGAAGAACGUCAAGGCCGCCCAGACGAAGCUCGCGAAGGGCCGACGGCAGACAGUUCAGGAGGUAAUUGAGGAGAGUCGGGGGCUGCUGCGGCGCAGGGCGCAGGCGGCCCAGGAGGAGCAGCGGCGCCGUUGUGAACUCAUCUCCCAGCUGCGCGCACUCGAGACGCAGCCCACGCUCAAGGGCAAGCUCGUGGACCUGACCCAGACCCCUGGCUAUGGCCUGGAAGGAGAGAUGUCCAUAGUGGAGCUGCGAGAGCGGCUGGCCCUGCUCAAAGAGAAUCAGCGGCGCAAGGAGGAAGAAAAGCGGGAUCAAAUCAUUCAGGGCAAGCGCACCAAGAGCCAGGAACUGCAGAACACGGUGGAGCAGAUCUCGCUGUGCCGUGCAGCCAUGGGGAGAUCCGCAGCCUUGAGGUGGGAGGAGAAGAAGGCCCUUGCGGCGGCCCGGGAGGCGCCCUCGCAGGACGAGCGCGUGCAGCAGCUGCGGCGCAGGAUCUCGGAGAGGGCGGCCGAGCGCAGCAGGCAGGCGGCCUUGCUGCACGUGUCGGCGCCGCGGGCCGCGGGCCCCAAGCCCCGCGCGCAGCUAGAGGCGCAGCACUGGCUGGAGCUGGAGCGGAGCCGCGAGCGCAGGCUGCAGGCGCUGCAGCAGGGAGGCUCCGGACCCGGGCCCGCGCGCCGCCUGGAGGCCGCCUGAGCCAGGCAGAGCUCGCCCUAGCCGCUUGCGGGCCACC